AUGUAUACGGAAUUAGGCAUAACCGUUUUUGCUGUAACUAUACUUGUUUGUAAUUAAUUUUAUCGUGCAAAGAAUUUCCUCGACCUGUUCUUUGCACGAAAGUGUGAAAAUAGUCCGGUGGAGACUGGAACGGAAAAGGAAAGAGUUGGCUCGUUAAAGGGUAGUUUCUUUCCUCGUGAGAAAGGAUCGCACGGGGCGAGAAAGAAGAAGGAGGGCGACGAUUGGGCGGGGCAGAGGAUGCGUGGUCCGGUCUAACCCGGCCACAUCCAGUCUGCCGCCGACUACGUAGUUGCGCAGUGUCGCCGAGUGUUGUGUGUGCCACUAGAAGAGGAUAUAAACGGUAUGCCGGUGCACGGACGAGCCUGACUCUCUUUCUCUGGUUCUUCGUCGGAACGUCGCGUCUCUUCCUCGGCCCAGGGUCGUUCACCCUGUGACUCGAGCGUGCUCGCGUUGUCCUUUGAAAAAACGAAUAGUACUCUGCUUUUCCGGCUUCUCUAUGGACUCCUUCCUCCGAUUCAUCAUGCUAUCGCUCUGAUCGAACUUUCAGCGAGCGUUGGCUAACACUUGUUUCUACGUGGAGAAACAUAUGUAGGCAAGCAGCCAAGCACUUUCAUCUCGGUAAUCCUAAUCACGGUGAGAGAAAAAUAACGAGAGGAAUGAAGUGAACGUGGCGCGAUCUCGAACGAACCGAGAGGGAGGACAAAAGAGGGAGGGGAAAGAAAAAAAGAGAAGAAAAGAGGAGGAAAGAAAGUUGGCGAGAGGAAAAAAUCGGCGUCGGGCUGAUUAGAAAGAGAGAUGGCUACGCCGCCGGAUUCGCCAGGACCGGAAGAGGCCCUGUUCGACUUCGAAAGCGCGCGAGCCAGACAACAAACCACCAGGCCUGUCGCCCUCGAGGAACUACUUCGACAGACAAAGUUCUCCAGACAAGAAAUACGAGUGAUGUACCGUGGGUUCAAGCAGGAAUGCCCCGAGGGCGUAGUACACGAAGAUCUGUUUAAGGAUAUCUACGCGAAAUUCUUCCCUCAUGGCAAUUCCAGUCUUUACGCUCAUUACGUGUUUAAGGCCUUUGACGUCAACUGCAAUGGCGCUAUGAACUUUAGGGAUCUGCUGGUCAUUUUAUCGACUCUGCUGCGAGGCAGCAUCUACGAGAAACUACGGUGGAUUUUCAAAUUGUACGAUAUAAACGGUGAUGGAUGUAUCACCAGGGGCGAGCUAUGGGAAGUGGUGAUUGCGGUGCACGAGCUUAUGGGUCGGCGACAUCACGCCGAGGAGGAAAGGAAAGCGAGGGAACAGUUGGAUAGAGUGUUCAAGAAGUUCGACCUAAACCAGGAUGGCAUAAUAACGAUCGAGGAAUUUAUGGAGAGCUGUCUAAGGGAUGACGUAACUACACGAUCGUUGGCAAAAUUCGAUUACGCGUUUUGAUCUCCGGAGAAGGAAGAGCCUCCGGUGAUGACCACGACGACGCCACCGACGCCACCAACGCCACUCUCCACCACGACCACCUUCUCACAGUCUCAGUCGCCUUCGCCACCGCCGCCGUCCUACUCUCUGCUGCCACCUAUUCCACCGCCUUUGCCUUCUCAACCACCUCCAGGUUACACCGUUCAAGAUCAGGAGCUCUAUAUGCUUCUAGCGGCGCAUUGGUGGAACCAACCGGAGGCUCCGCUCUUUUGCUAAAGACUAAGGUAAACCGUGAUCUGCAACUUUCGCAGCGAGGGAUUCCAACAUAUAUAGGAAG